AUGCGGUCAGCCUGGACCAGCUCAAAGUGGAUAAAAAUGGAAUCCCGUCGUCAGCCUACAAGAGCGAGUAUCGCUCAUUCAUAUGCUACAACUAGCAUGGGGGCAGAGAUACAACACUGGUGGUUAAUACAUGACCCAGUUGUCGAUGCAAGCACUGGUCAUACUGUGGGAACCUUUCCUAUCAGAUGCUGGACACUAUUCUCACCCUUUUCUUCUACUGCCUUCAACGAGACACCAAAUUCCCAUGCUGCAAAUACCGUUUGGAGCAUUCUCUGUCUUGCACAUAGUACUAGAGGCCUUGCUCAAGCUGGGCAAUAUUGA